AUGGCACAAAGACCCUUAUAUAAUGCCAUUGAAGACUACGGCUUGAUCGGGGACAUGCACACAUGCGCCCUGAUCAGCAAAGCCGGCAGUCUGGAUUAUAUGUGUUGGCCGGUCUUUGAUUCCCCCACGGUGUUUUGUCGUCUUCUGGAUGAGAAGAAAGGUGGCUUCUGGUCCGUGGGGCCUUCCAAGGCAAUGGUUGACACGCUCAACAAACAGCGGUAUCUACCAUAUUCGAAUCUGCUCGAAACACGCUGGACCAAUGAAGAUGGUGUUGUGACCCUGCUGGACUACUUUCCCGUGACGCCCAAGAAGCUGGCUCAGUCGGGCCGACUGCUAUCGGGCUACUGUCCGUGCAACGAGCCUGGAGCCAACCGCUUCAAGUCCGGACUGCAGCACUCUGGCCUGAUCAGAAAGAUCGAGUGUAGCCGAGGGUCCAUGGAAUUGCAGGUGGAGCUAUUCCCGGCUUUUAACUAUGCCCGGGAUACGCAUACCGCUCGUGCAAAGCUGGAAGACGACAUGAGCAAGCACCGGUUACAGACUGUUCAUUUCGAGAGUGAAUCCGAGCGACUGCAGCUCGAGAUCUUUUCCGAUUCGCGGGAACCGGAUAAGCUGGGCCUCCCCAAGGCUAAUCUUACCCUGGAGGAGCGACCAGCACAGAAGGGUCGCGGACUUGUGGCUUUGAUUCGCCUGUGCGAGGGACAGACUGUGCAUUUCGUGCUGCAUAGUCCCGAGAAGGCUGUGCCUAGCUCGGCUCUGAUGGCCGCAUAUCUGGGAAAGAUGGAGGAGGACACAUCCGAUUACUGGACUGACUGGACUCGCAAGUGCGCAUUCCGUGGGCACUAUCGAGAGACGGUUGAACGCAGUCUUUUGAUCUUAAAGCUACUCACCUACAAACCCACUGGUGCCAUUGUUGCAGCGCCCACCUUCUCACUCCCAGAAAAUGUGGGUGGUGCGCGCAAUUGGGACUACCGAUACUCUUGGGUGCGCGACACAGCGUUUACGCUGUACGUCUUCCUGAAAAUGGGAUACAGCCGCGAGGCAGAAGACUACGUGAACUUCAUUUUCGAGCGAAUCUUCCCGCAUGCCGCACAGGACAUUGAGCCAGGCAGCAAGCGACCCUUCUUGCCGCUGAUGUUCACUAUCCGUGGCGAGUACGACAUUCCCGAACUGGAGCUGGACCACCUUGAUGGGUACAAGGGUAGCAAGCCCGUCCGCAUAGGUAACGCGGCUGUUUUCCACACGCAGCUUGACAUUUAUGGCGAACUCCUGGAUAGCAUCUAUCUCUACAAUAAGCACGGCAAUCCCAUCACCUAUGAUCAAUGGGGUUCAAUCCGCCGCAUGGUGAACUACGUCAUUGGCGUGAGACACCAAAAGGAUAUGUCCAUCUGGGAGUCCCGAGGUCAAAUUCAAAACUUCAUCUACUCCAAGGUCAUGAUGUGGGUAGCCCUGGAUCGUGGAAUUCGCCUAGCAGAAAAGCGAUCCAGUCUGCCAUGCCCAGACCGAUUCCAGUGGGUCCAAGUACGAGAUGAGCUGUACGACGAGAUCAUGGCCAGAGGAUACAACGCCGAGCGUGGCCAUUUCUGUCAGAGCUACGAGAGCCGAGAGGUUCUCGAUGCGUCGAUUCUCAUUGCGCCGCUGGUCUUCUUCGUGGCACCCAACGAUCCACGAUUCAUCAGCACUCUCAAGCGCAUUCUGCAAAGUCCCGAGAAAGAAGGCCUCUCCAGCGCCAAGAUGGUCUUCCGAUACGACCACCUGAAAGCCAAUGACGGUGUCGGCGGAGGUGAGGGUGCCUUCAUUAUGGUAACCUUCUGGCUCGUCGAAGCAAUGGCCCGCGCCGCCAAGUACGAUGUCCCCAUUCCGCAUCUUUGGAAACUUGCCCUGUCGCACUUUGACAAUAUCUUGUCGUACUCUAACCAUCUGGGCAUGUUCUCUGAAGAAGUGGCUAUUUCGGGCGAGCAGAUGGGUAAUACACCUCAGGCGUUUAGUCAUCUUGCUUGUAUUAGUGCGGCUAUGAAUUUGGAGAAAUUGGGUCGUGAGGACUAG